AUGGCAGCUCCUUCACCUAGCACCAGUCGCGACACCAGCAAACGAGCAACCUGCGAGCCUGUUCGAGCCUUCGCCAGAGAGGAAGAACGAUGCAUCGUGAGCCAGCAAUGCGUCAUCACCAUGAGCCAUCAAUGCGUCAUCACCGUUCGCCAUCUCAUCGGAAGUGCAGUAGUCGUCAUUCACGUCCCUGCACCCCUCCCAUGGUCUGAAAUCCAGUUCCGUAAAUACCAAACACUUCUUCCUUCUUCUUGUAUUCCACCAUUUCCCUCUUCACAUAAUGAAAAUAGGGUGAUGAAGAAGACUAUUUCAAACGUCUGUGCCCUCAAAAUUCCAAGAAAGUAUUUUUCUACUGAGGGUGUGAAAGUUGGUGGUUCCGCUAUUGGGGAGGCGUCCAAUGAGCAUGAGAAGAAGCAAACUAUUAGCAAAAUUAUUCCACAGUAUGAUAUUGCUAUUGUUGGAAGAGGGAUGGUUGGCAUGGCUCUUGCUUGUUUCUUAGCAAGUAUGCCAAUGACAAAGCAGUUGAACGUUGCAAUUGUUGAUAGUAAUCCGGCUCUAAGUAGUGGCUUGCACAUGAAGAAGGAAGAUCCCCCUGAUCCAAGAGUCAGUACAGUAACCCCUGCUUCCAUAUCUUCUCUCCGAGGGUGUGUGGCCGAGAAUAAAGUGCUCCACAAUGCCUUACUGUCAUGUGUAAAGGAUUCUGAUUUCAAGACAACAAUCUAUCCUUUGAGAUUAAGUUCAAUGACUUUGAAUACGAGCUCUAUGUCUGUAGUGGAGGAGAAUACAAAAUCCGUAGAACCACCAUCUGCUCAAGGGCAUGGUGCAAAGCUGCAACUUAGUGAUGGAAGUAGUUUAUAUGCAAAGUUGGUGGUUGGCGCUGAUGGUGGAAAAUCACAUGUUAGGGAAUUAGCAGGAAUCAAAACGACUGGAUGGAAUUACUCACAGAAUGCAAUAAUCUGCACAGUAGAGCAUGCCUCUGAAAAUGUAUGUGCAUGGCAACGUUUUCUACCCACCGGUCCAAUUGCUCUUUUACCCAUCGGUGAUAAGUUUAGCAAUAUUGUUUGGACCAUGAGCCCAGCAGAGUCAAACAGUCGCAAAUCAAUUACUGAGGAAGAAUUUUUAAAGGAUGUGAAUUAUGCUCUAGAUUAUGGUUAUGGACCUCGUCCUACAUCAGGCUUAUUAGGAACUCGAGACAUGUUCUCUUGGUUUAAAAUGGAUGCAACAAUAUCAACUAAUGAAUUCUUUGAAAUUCCUCCAAAAGUGAUCAAGUUGGCAUCUGAAAGGAUGGUGUUCCCUUUGACUUUAAGGCAUGCCAAUUCCUAUGCAUCAAAACGUGUGGUUCUUAUUGGAGAUGCAGCCCACACUGUCCACCCUCUUGCUGGUCAAGGAGUUAAUUUGGGUUUUGGAGAUGCAUUUUCUCUUUCAAGAAUUAUUGCAGAGGGGAUUGUUUUGGGAACUGAUAUUGGAGAGGUAAAUUUAUUAAAGAAGUAUGAAACAGAGAGGAGAUCAGCCAAUAUUAUGAUGAUGACGAUCCUUGAUGGCUUCCAAAAGGCCUAUUCUGUUGACUUUGGACCUUUUAAUAUUCUGCGAGCUGCUGCUUUCCAUGGGGCAAACUAUAUAUCACCACUCAAAAAAGGUAUCAUUUCCUAUGCUUCAGGAGAGCACAAGUUGCCCAUUUUCUUGUGAAUACAUAAAUGUCAAUAAUUUUGGCCUACUUAGCAAACUAAGUUUUAGCCAAUGGUUCAACACCCCUAAAGUUUUCUUUUCUGCUUAAUUUCUUUUUUGUUUGGCUUAAGCUUGAAAAGUUACACUUGUAAAGUUGUUCUGUGCAACAUUGGGUGAAAGAUUAAUCUUUUUUUCUUA